AGUCGGUUUCCACCUGCUAAAGUGAAACCACCUCCAAGCGCAUCAAAGUGAAACAGUUUAACAGUUAAUAAAUAAAAUUAAAGUUAAUUUAAAUUUACGACUCAGGAGUUUUUGUUUUUACGUGAGACUAUUUUAUCUUUUUAACAGUGAAUGAAUUGUUGAACCAAUAUAUGCGUUCAGAUGUGUGAUGUAAAGAAGAGUUCUCUGCAACUUGUCAAGAAUUAGUAUAAUGAUCUCAGACUUGGAUCAGGACUAGGAGAAGUACAGGGGGGUCUCCAUCUCACCCUCCCUCUCCAGCCAGUACGAUCCAUCCCACCCUCCCUCUCCAGUUCUAGAUUCCACACUUAACUAGUCAACAUGGUCAUAGUGACAAGGGGUGAUUAUAUCUGGAUUGAGCCGGUUUCAAGGCGGGAGUUUGAUGUUGCAAUUGGUGCUAGAGUUGUAACGGCGGAAGGACGGCGGAUUCAGGUUGUUGACGACGACGGAGAAGAACAAUGGUUGACUCCGGAGAGAAGAAUCAAGGCCAUGCACCCGACCUCCGUCCAGGGGGUUGAGGACAUGAUCAGCCUCGGAGAUCUUCACGAGGCUGGCAUCCUCAGAAACCUUCUCAUCAGAUACAACGAUAAUCUCAUCUAUACUCUGACCGGGAGUAUUCUUGUAGCUGUUAACCCCUACCAGAUUCUACCCAUCUAUACCAGUGAGCAGAUCAAGCUUUACAGGGAGAAGAAAAUUGGAGAACUUCCACCGCACAUAUUUGCUAUUGGAGACAACUGCUACAGUUUAAUGAAACGGACUAGGCAGGAUCAAUGUAUUGUAAUAAGCGGAGAAUCUGGUGCGGGUAAAACAGAAUCCACUAAGCUUAUUCUACAAUAUCUAGCGGCUAUUAGCGGCAAACAUAGCUGGAUAGAACAGCAGAUUCUAGAAGCAAAUCCAAUCCUAGAAGCGUUUGGGAAUGCUAAGACUGUGAGGAAUGAUAACUCCUCGAGGUUUGGAAAAUAUAUAGAUAUAUAUUUCAACAAGCAGGGUACUAUAGAGGGAGCUAAGGUGGAUCAGUAUCUUUUAGAGAAAUCUAGGAUUGUUCAUCAAAAUCCUCAGGAGAGAAACUACCAUAUAUUCUACUGUAUGCUCUCCGGGUUAUCCAAGGAGCACAAAGAUCGUCUUCAUCUCAAGGAUGCGUCCAACUAUAAAUAUCUGACAGGGGGCGGAAGCACCGUAUGUGAGGGUAGAGACGAUGCGGCGGAGUUUGCUGAUAUUCGCUCCGCCAUGAAAGUUCUUAUGAUGACAGAUCAGGAGAUAUGGGAUAUUCUGAAGAUCCUGGCUGCUCUCCUCCACAUGGGAAACAUCAAGUACAAGGGGAAGGUUGUGGAUAAUCUAGAUGCUACAGAUAUUCCUGACCACAGUAAUGUGGAACGGGUUGCUGCUAUACUAGGAGUCCACAAAGCAUCCCUGGUUGAUGCGCUUACAUCAAAAACCAUAUUUGCUCAGGGUGAGUCCGUGGUGUCGACCCUGAACACAAACCAGUCCAAGGACAUCAGGGACGCCUUCGCCAAGGGUAUCUACGGCAGGUUGUUCGUCUACAUCGUAAAGAAGAUCAACAACGCCAUCUACAAGCCUGAUGUCAGAAAUGCGGAUAAAUGCGCAAUCGGUGUUCUUGACAUCUUUGGCUUCGAGAACUUCGAGACUAAUAGUUUUGAACAGUUUUGCAUCAAUUUUGCAAACGAAAAUUUGCAACAAUUUUUUGUUCAGCACAUUUUUAAGAUGGAACAAGAGGAGUAUAACAAUGAGGCGAUUAAUUGGCAGCAUAUAGAGUUCGUAGACAACCAGGAGGCCCUUGACCUGAUAGCAGUUCGUCCUCUUAACAUCAUGGCACUAGUGGACGAGGAGUCAAAGUUUCCAAAGGGAAGUGACCAGACAAUGUUAAACAAGCUGCACCAGAGACACGGGACCAACAGGAACUAUUUAAAACCUAAAUCUGAUAUAAACACUUCCUUUGGUUUAAACCAUUUUGCUGGAGUUGUCUUCUACGACACUAGAGCUUUCUUGGAGAAGAAUAGAGAUACUUUCAGUGCUGAUCUACUGCAGCUGAUGCAUGUAUCUAAGAAUAAGUUCCUUGAAUCCCUGUUUGCUGAGGAUAUAAAUAUGGGAUCAGAAACCAGAAAACGUGCUCCAACCUUGUCAAGUCAGUUUAAGAAGUCCUUGGAGUCUCUGAUGCAAACCCUGGGACUAUGCAAUCCCUUCUUUGUUCGUUGUAUAAAACCUAAUGAAUACAAGAAACCAAUGAUGUUUGAUCGAGAGCUGUGCUGUAGACAACUCAGAUAUUCAGGGAUGAUGGAAACCAUUAGGAUUAGGAGAGCAGGAUAUCCAAUCAGACACACGUUCCGUGAGUUUGUGGAGAGGUACAGGAACCUGAUAAACGGUUGCCCGCCAGCACACAAGGUUGACUGUCAGGCUGCAACUGCUCGGAUAUGUCAGGCUGUUCUAGGGAAAGCAGAUUACCAGCUCGGCAGAACUAAGGUGUUCCUGAAGGAUGCCCACGACCUGUACCUGGAGCAGGAAAGGGACCGAGUACUAACCAGGAAGAUCCUGGUUCUACAGCGUUGUAUCAGGGGUUGGUAUCACAGACGACGGUUCUUGAAGAUGCGAGCCUCAGCUAUCCUCAUUCAGAAGAACUUUAGAGCGUACAACGGGCGUAAGAAGUACAUGCAGAUGCGUACAGGGUACAUGAGAAUGCAGGCUCUUAUCCGUAGCAGGAUCCUUAGUCACAAGUUUAAACAUCUGAGAGGACAUAUUGUCCAACUCCAGGCUAGAUGUAGAGGAUAUCUUGUUAGAAGGAGUUAUGAGAAGACGAUGUGGGCAAUUACAAAGAUCCAGUCCCACGUCAGGAAGAUGAUUGCAGUCAGGAACUACAGAAAACUCAGGAUUGAGUAUCGAGCAAAGAAAGAAGCUCUUCGUCUUCGUGAAAUGGAACAGAAAGAACUUGAGAGAAAAUAUGGAAAGAAGAAAGCAAAGGAAGUUGCACAGCAAAAUUUCCAGGAUCGUAUGGAAAACCUGGAGAGAGAGGAAGAAGAGGAUGAGAGAAGACGAGAACAACAGAAUAAAAUGAACCAGCAGAAACUCCGAGAUGCUGAACGGCGACAAGAGCAACCGAUCGAUGAUUCGGCGGUGGUCGACGAUAUGUUUGGUUUCCUGGAGGAGCAAAAGGAUUCGAACAGUGAUGCUCCUGCUCCUAGUGCUUUCAGAGACCUGCCUGCUCCUAAGAAUAUUCAGAACGGAGAACUGAUCAUGGGAGUUCCUACAGUUCCAGAGGAUCAUGAGGAUCUGAGCGAGUUUAAGUUUGCCAAGUAUGCUGCAACCUAUUUCCAGGGUAACGUGACCCAUCAGUACUCUAGAAAACCUCUCAAGAACUCACUCCUACCUCUGCAAACACAGGGAGAUCAGUUGGCUGGAUUAGCGCUGUGGAUAACUAUUCUACGCUUUAUGGGAGAUCUUCCAGAACCAAAAUAUCAUUCUAUGGAGAAGGAUAACACGUCAGUCAUGACGAAGGUUACCGCAACCCUCGGCAGAAACUUCAUCAAGAGUAAAGAAUUCCAGGAAGCGCAAUUGAUGGGUUUGGACCCAACUAUUCAGCCGGGAACUCAAUCCUCAGCUCUAAUGAAGGAGAAACAGAGAUCAAUUAGGCAUAAAUUGGUUUCCCUGACGCUAAAGCGUAAGAGUAAAAUGGGAGAUGAGAUAAAGCGUAAACUAGAAGAUGAAGAAUAUACAGCAGACUCAUACAAUUCAUGGUUGGAUUCCAGACCUACAUCUAACCUAGAGAAACUACAUUUCAUCAUAGGACAUGGUAUACUCCGAGCAGAACUAAGAGAUGAGAUAUAUUGUCAAAUUUGUAAACAGCUGACUAAUAAUCCUUCAAAAUCUUCUCAUGCCAGAGGAUGGAUCCUUCUCUCACUUUGUGUUGGGUGCUUCGCGCCCUCAGACAAGUUUGUCAAACAUCUUAGGUCAUUUAUCCGAGAUGGUCCUCCUGGGUAUGCUCCGUACUGUGAGGAAAGGUUGAAGAGAACCUUUAAUAAUGGAACCAGGAACCAGCCUCCCAGCUGGCUGGAACUACAAGCUACUAAAUCAAAGAAACCAAUCAUGCUUCCAAUUACGUUCAUGGACGGAAAUACAAAGACGCUGUUGGCUGAUUCAGCAACAACAGCCCGUGAGCUGUGUAACCAGCUGUCAGAUAAGAUUGGGCUCAAGGAUCAGUUUGGAUUCUCCCUCUACAUUGCACUAUUUGAUAAGGUAUCUAGCCUGGGUAGUGGAGGGGAUCACGUGAUGGAUGCAAUAUCUCAGUGUGAACAGUACGCCAAGGAACAGGGGGCGCAGGAGAGAAAUGCCCCCUGGAGACUUUUCUUCAGGAAGGAGAUAUUCGCCCCCUGGCAUGAUCCUACAGAGGACUCUGUAGCUACAAACCUCAUCUAUCAACAGAAUGUGAGAGGAGUUAAAUUCGGAGAAUACAGGUGUGAGAAGGAAGAAGAUUUAGCAAUGAUAGCUGCUCAGCAAUACUUUAUAGAAUACGGGACAGAUCUCAACCAAGAAAGGUUGCUUGCUCAGCUCCCCAACUAUAUACCUGACUACUGCUUAACUGGAGAUAAGCCACCAGAACACUGGAAUUCACUCAUCGUCAAUGCAUUUAAAAAGAGCUACUACGUGAAGGAGAGGGUAGGAUCCCUGAAAGCUAAGGAGGAUGUUGUCAGCUAUGCUAAAUAUAAGUGGCCCCUUUUAUUCUCAAGGUUCUACGAGGCUUUCAGAUAUUCAGGUCCAAACCUACCGAAGAAUGAUGUGAUAAUAGCUGUGAACUGGACAGGUGUUUAUGUAGUUGAUGAUCAGGAACAAGUUCUUCUAGAACUUUCUUUCCCAGAGAUAACUACAGUUUCAUCACAGAAGAGCAGUAAAGCAUUUUCCCAGACCUUUACUCUUGUCACAGUGAGAGGAGAAGAGUUUACUUUCCAGUCUCCGAAUUCAGAGGAUAUCAGGGACCUUGUUGUUUACUUCCUGGAAGGAUUAAAGAAAAGAUCCAAGUUUGUUAUUGCUCUUCAGGAUUACAAAGCUCCAGGUGAAGGUUCUUCGUUCCUCAGUUUCCUGAAGGGAGAUCUCCUUAUCCUGGAGGAGGGUAGCACUGGAGAGACGGUUCAGAACUCCGGGUGGUGUGUUGGUACUGUAGAGAGGACGGAUGAGAAGGGAGAUUUUCCAGCAGAGACUGUUUAUGUUCUACCAUGUCUAACCAAACCUCCAGCAGAUAUUCUGGCUUUGUUCUCAAUGGAUAUUAGUGAACAGAAUAAGAGAGUGUUCACUGGGCAAACACCAGGGGUAGAAUCUGGGGAACAGCCUCAUACUUUAGUUUAUCAGGGAUUACUAGGUGCAGAUGAAUUGUCCCAGGAAGCUUGUCUCUGUUACCAUGCAAUCCUCAAGUAUAUGGGAGAUUUACCCUCCAGGAGAACCAGAACUGGGAAUGAAUUGACUGAUCAAAUAUUUGAAGGUCCCCUCAAACAUGAAAUACUACGGGAUGAAGUGUACUGUCAAAUAAUGAAACAGCUGACUGAGAAUAGAAACCGGUUAUCUGAGGAGAGAGGCUGGGAACUAAUGUGGUUGGCUACGGGAUUAUUUGCUUGCUCUCAGAACCUAAUGAAGGAUUUAAACCAGUUUCAAAGAACAAGACGACAUCCAAUAGCACUGGAUUCUAUUCUAAGAUUACAGAAGACGAUUAGACAUGGACAAAGGAAAUAUCCUCCUCAUCAAGUUGAAGUGGAAGCAAUUCAGCAUAAAACAACUCAAAUAUUUCACAAAGUAUACUUUCCAGAUGAUACGGAUGAGGCCUUCGAGGUUGACUCCUCUACUCGCGCGAAGGAUUUCUGCUCGAACAUUGCACAAAGAUUGAACCUUCGAUCUGCUGAAGGAUUUAGUUUGUUCGUGAAGAUCGCAGACAAGGUAAUCUCUGUCCCGGAGGGAGAUUUCUUCUUCGACUUCGUUCGACAUCUCACAGACUGGAUCAAGAAGGCUCGUCCGACCAGAGAUGGAACAAGUCCCCAGUUCACCUACCAGGUGUUCUUCAUGAAGAAGCUGUGGACGAACACUAUACCCGGCAAGGAUAGAAAUGCGGACACGAUUUUCCAUUUCCAUCAGGAGCUUCCUAAACUGCUCCGCGGGUAUCAUCAGUGCACUAAAGAGGAAGCAUCCCUGCUAGCUGCUCUCAUCUACAGAGUAAAGUUUGGAGAGAGUAAACAGGAGCUGUCUGCUCUGCCCCAUAUGCUCCGAGAGCUGCUUCCUAUAGAUAUUCUCAAGAGCAUGUCAACCCAGGACUGGAAAAGAGAGAUUGUAAAAGCGUACAACCAGGAUUCAGGAAUGUCACCCGAAGACGCAAAAAUUGCGUUUUUGAAGGUUAUCUACCGUUGGCCAACCUUUGGUUCAGCUUUCUUUGAAGUAAAACAAACCACAGAUCCAAACUAUCCUGAUCUUCUGCUCAUAGCAAUCAAUAAACAAGGAGUCAGUCUUAUUCAUCCACAAUCAAAGGAUGUUCUGGUCACACAUCCGUUUACCCGUAUCUCCAACUGGUCAAGUGGGAACACAUAUUUCCACAUGACAAUUGGUAACUUGGUUCGAGGAAGUAAACUGCUCUGCGAGACCAGUCUCGGGUAUAAAAUGGACGACCUCCUCACCUCGUACAUCAGCCUCAUGCUCACUAACAUGAACAAGCAGAAGAGCAUCAGAGUCAAGUAGAGAUCACACUCAACUUAUGUACAUUUGAAUAAGUCCUAGUUCGUACGGCCCCGCCCGGUACACCAACUACAGUAGGCAGGUCCAGCUGGUGCAACUAGAUUGACGCGGUCUGACUUAAGGCUGCAUCUGGCUAAAUUUGAAGUAACUAAAGCAGCGUUUUUGCAUGACCCUGUUGAUACUUUUUGCAUCCGUGCUGAGUUGUACUGAAUUUUAUAUGAAGGGCCUUACGCUACUGCUCUGAAUUGUUAUGAACUGUACAGUUCUGCACUGAAUUGUUUUGUACUAUUCAGUGCUGAACUGUAUUGUUUUUUAUUAUACAGUACUGAACUGUACUGCUAUGUACAAUACGGUACUGCACUGUACUUUUAUUUACUAUUCAGUAAUCAAUAGGACUUUUACUGCUAUGUACAAUACGGUACUGCACUGUACUUUUAUUUACUAUUCAGUACUCAAUAGGACUUUAUGUACGGUAUAGUUCUGCACUUUUAAAGGUAUGCACUGCAACCGGUCUGCAAUGUACUGAUAAUAACUGUAAAGAACUGUACUGUUUUAUACCUACUGUACAGUACUGGAAAGAAAUAAUGCCUCCCAAGGGACUAACGUAAAUAUUACCAAUCAAAAGCUUGAUUUUUUACCAUUUAUACAUUUUAGAAUGUAAAUAUGAGCUGUGUUUAAAGCACACAUACAUAAGUAGAUUUUUGAAAAAAUUUACAAUUAUGGAAACUAACUUAAUUUCAAUAUAAUAUUUGUUACGCAUG